AUGUCACAGCAGCAGAAAGGAGGGCUAUUAGAUCAAAUACUCUUGGAGGAUAUAGCUAGAUGCUGUCCGCAUCAGUUCCUUGCAUUCCACCAGUGUAUGUCUUUGCCACAACCAGACCCUGAGCACUGUCUAAAACAGCAAGUCGAGUUGACUCAAUGUAUUAGGACAUCGGUACCAUCAUUUCAAAAGAUUCAAGGUGAAUGCUCGGGGAAGUUGCAGGCUUACGAAGCAUGUUUGAAGAUAAACAAAAGCCAGACGCUGAAAUGUACGCACGAGUUAGAAGAGUUGAGAAACUGUGCAUUUGGAUCUAUAAACAAAUAG